AUUCCAAAGUUUAUAAUCGUUUUUAUGAAUGUGGUCUUGUUAUAGAUGUUAUGUUCAGGUUUUUAUUUACAAACACAUUUUUUUUAAUUAAAGAAGUUACAUAGUUAUCACGUCGCACAUAACCAUACAAUAUUAUGGACAUUAUGGCGCAUUAAGUAAUUUUUAUAUGCAAAUGCAAACAAUAACUUUAUAUGAACGUGAAUAAAUCAUAACCUUUUAUGCUUUGAGAAGGUUUUAGAAAAGACAUAAUUAUACAAAAAUUGAAUAUUUUUCGGCUGCACAUCUUCUUGUCAUCAUCAUUACCUGAAGAAUGUAUACUAUCAAUGAACGCAGUGGAGAGCUUAUAUUGCUUUACUAAGAUAAGAGGGCUGGUCGGUUAUUACCAUCGAAGGUUAUUAAGAUGUUAUUGAGGUCAUGAAAACAUUCCAAUCGAAGACCUAUUUGCGUGUACCAUAAUCUUUUAACAGGGGUUUCUCUUUGAACAUGGCCUUUUGGAACAGAAUGAGUUGUUCGCAACAACGAAACAUAGAUUCGAAUAUGGAUUAUUCAACUGAGCGCACAAUGCACAAAGAUCUCUUUUUGCUUAGGUUUUCACCUGUCGGCUUCGGUCCCUUACCUAUUUUAGAGCUUCGGCUUCGGUUCUCCAUGUGUUUCAGGGAUUUCUAUGCGAUUGUGGGAAGUGGUAUAGUGAUUCUAGUUUGGAUAACCAUCAACCAAUUAUUUACAAAAACGCGACAACUUUCGGUUCUGAUGCUGAAAUGACGUGUAAUCCGGGGUAUCAUGUCGUCAACAAAACCAACACACGUUUUGAAUCUGCUACUUGUACAGCGAAUGGAACAUGGAGUCCACUUACAUAUUCAGCGUGUGUUCCAAUAGAAUGCCCAGUAUUGGAUACUAACGACAAUCUAACAAUCGAAUUGGCGCCAAAUCCAUCAAAGGCAAUCUCCAACACGACGGCAACGUUUUCUUGUUCACCGGGCACGACGCUGGUCGGUUUGGCAACAUUAACAUGCAGGAUUACUGGUCAAUGGACAGGACCUGCACCUAAAUGCAUUGUGUUGCAAGAGUAUGUUGGUAAUUGUUCUAUCGACAUGGAUACCAAAAAAAGAACUUGGAACGAAACACAACCGGGGAGGAUUGUUGAGGAUGAUUGUCCAAGUGGAUUUUUCGGGAAAGUAAGUCGGCAAUGUAGUCAGGAAGGAAAAUGGCUCAAACCUUUUUACAACUGCGUAUCCAAACGCGUAGCUGAAUUAAUAUCAACGGUGGAAAGACUCAAAGAAUCACCGACUGCUGCGAAACUCACCGACAGUCUUGAUCAGCUAGUUAAUGUAACAAAACCUGCAAACGGUACAGCCUACAUUGGCGAACUUAACGCUAUAACUGACAUGCUGGACACGAUAGCAAGCGUCAGUGACUACAAGGAGGUUACACAUGAGCAAGCCAAUUCGUUCUUUACCGCAACAAGUAAUUUACUGGAUAGUGAUAACGCUGAGUCAUGGCAAUCAGGGGACGACCACUAUGAAACUGAUGUGCCACCUGACGGAUCUAACACGAGUACGGCUGAUUAUGGUGCGAUGAAAGUUGUUAAUGUGGUUGACAAAUAUACAGACAUUUUAAUGCUUUCACUAGGAAACGAGUCUGAUACCAGUAAAACUAUACCUACGUAUAAUAUGGUCGUGCAUGUCACACAGAUAAACAAAACAGCAGCCGAGUUGAAAUUUCCAAAUUUUUCAAGCUCUAUAAUUCUGCCGAACACUUCAUUAAUUGGAUCGCACUCCAUCGGAGCAGUUUUGUACAAAAAUCUGACAGGACUCAUUUCAUCAGUGUUGAAAAAUUACAGUGAAUCCACUAUAAAUUCAGAAGUUGUGACCGUGACCUUAGAUAACUGGGAAAACACCACCGACUUUGUGGUAGACAUAACAAUGAAGUACGCUCAGGACCUACAUGCACCACCUAUUUGUAGUUUUUGGAAUGCCACAAUUUUUUCCUGGGACACCUCCGGCUGUCGAGUCCUGUCCUCAGAACAUUCUAGCGCAACGUGUCGUUGCACGCACCUGACGAACUUUGCAGUCCUCAUGAGUCCAAUUAUUCAGAGCAAUGUGAACACGAAAGACCUCGACAUCAUUUCUAUAGUCGGUUGUUCAAUAUCAUUAGCCGGAUUGGGGCUGACAGUUAUUGUCCAUAUUGUGCUUUGGAAGUAUGUUGGCAAACGACGUGUUGCAGUGCUGUUGAAUUUGUCUAUAGCUCUCAUCAUUUCUUACGUUAUGUUUAUUGGCGGCAUCGACAGAACGGAAAACAAGAUCGUGUGCACAACCGUGGCGUCUUUGUUGCACUACAUUUACCUGGUAGUUUUCUCCCUUAUGCUGGUAGAAGGUAUCGACAUCGCCGUUUCUAUAUUAAUUGUCUUUAAAACAAAAUCGAAAUUGAAAUGGAUGCUGACUACAGCUUGGGUUGCUCCUGCUGUGAUCGUUGGAACUACGCUUGGUGUUACCAAAACAGAAGGAUACGGCAACGAACAGUCAUGCUGGUUGACCAUCAAGGAAGGUGUCAUUUGGGCCUUUGUUGGACCAGCACUGCUAGUGGUCUUGGUCAACUUCGUCAUUCUAGUGAUUGUGAUAAGGGCAACACUAAGAUCGUAUGCAAUGGCAAAGAAGUCAACAGUUGAAAGAUCAAAAUCAGCAGUGCGGUGUCUAGUAGUACUACUACCUUUAAUGGGACUAACGUGGGUUCUGGGGGUUUUCUAUCUGGACGAAAGCAUGGCCUGGGUACAGUACGCCUUCGCUGUGUGCAACAGUCUGCAGGGUUUUGUGAUUUUCUUGUUCCAUUGUGCUUUCAACAAAACGCUUUGGAAAGCAUAUAAAACAAAACAACAAAGGUCGUCGUACGCCAGUAGUACUUACCUCAAAUCUAGAAGCACUUCAGUAAGAUCGAUAACAACGGAACACAGCGAAGUAUGAAUGACCGUACACGACCAAUCCAGAAUAUCGUCAGUUGACGCAUUGGCCAAUACACGCUUUAGCGGCCUGCCUGACAGAAAACCAAUGCACACAACUGAGGUUACUGACAAAGAAGAACACAUCGAUGGUAUCGUUGAACACUUUGAGAAAGCGCUAAUGACGAGACGAUUCAAAGAAAAGAUGAUGCGAAAUCGGUGAACACAGAUAGGAAUGACGUCGGAAUGGAAAAUAAGACACAACAAGACUUCUAUAGUGAAGUGUUAUAGAUGUUUAAGUGUAACUUAAUCAAACAUGUUUGCGGACUUUUUGAAUACAACACCGUUUGGAAAGUCUCAUAACACCACGGAAAGUCUCCGAAGUCCAUGCGCAUAAUGCUGUUAAGAAAAAUAUUUCACGGACAUAAUAAACGAAAAUAAAAGGU